AGCAAGCUCCACAUGGAGGGUUUCCGCAGCCUGAAGGAGGGUGAAGCUGUCGAGUUCACCUUCAAGAAGUCAUCUAAAGGUUUGGAAUCCAUCCGAGUGACCGGCCCGGGCGGCGUCUUCUGCAUCGGCAGCGACAGGAGACCCAAAGGCAAGAGCCUCCAGAAGCGCAGGUCGAAAGGAGACCGAUGCUACAACUGCGGCGGGCUGGAUCAUCAUGCCAAAGAGUGCAAGCUGCCACCACAGCCCAAGAAAUGCCACUUCUGCCAGAGCAUCAGCCACAUGGUCGCCAACUGCCCCGCGAAAGCACAGCAGUCCCCCAGCUCCCAGGGGAAACCUGCCUACUUCCGAGAGGAGGAGGAUAUGCACAGCUCGGCCCUCCUCCCCGAAAGCCAGGAAUGA